GCCACGUGCAAGAAGAUCGCAACGGUAACCAGGGUGUCUAUUGUUCCCCAGUAUGGUCGUGAAUGAUCCGGCUGCAGGCGGUGCGCGGCCGCUGACAAUAGACAAUUCGGACCGGUGAUCGUCCUUCUUUCCUUCCUCCCCUUCCUCCCCUUCCUCCCCUUCCUCCCCUUCCUCCCCUUCCUCCCCUUCCUCCCCUUCCUCCCCCCGUAUCGCAACAGCCCAAGCGUCGAGCGAGUUUACCGGCUAUCUCGUCUGCGCCCUCUGAUCAUCGAUAGGCCUCGACUCCCUAUGACUCGGCGGUGGAAGAAGUUCAAGAGCACUCGCUAUGCUGUGACCGCCUCUGUCAAGAUGCGCGUACCCACGUCGUAUCGCGACAAGCUAUCGAACGAGCUAUGGCACCUCAUAUUCUCCCAAUGCACGCCGCUCACCCUACUUGCUGCUCGAGACGCUUGUCGCCUUUUCCGCGAUAUCAUCGACAGGAAGGACGGCGAGAUGCUUGCUCGUGCUCCUCUCUUGUUAUCGCCACCGCCCCCAGACCCCCGCCGCUUUAUGCGCUAUGUCAAAACCGCGGCACAGUACGAGGCCAUACGAGAGGUCUUCGCCAUCAAGGACGUUGGCAAGCCGGGAGCUUAUGGUAGCGCCACAUAUACGAAGGUGUUGUUUGGACCCGGCCUGUGCUACGCGUGCAGAAAAUUGACUCAUGGGCCGCCGAUGAGGAUUCUCGGUAGGAUUUACGUUUGCUCGAAAGGUUGUCGACGUCAUGUACUGCGCAAAAAUGUUGUCCAUGUCAUCCCAGAGUUCAACUACCUCCCGGCGUACUCCAUGCAUUGUGAUCGACACAUCGUGCCGUGGCUUCCCACAAUCUCAAACAGCAAGAAAGGGGAUACGAAGACAGUCUUGAAGCGAGAUCUAGGGCGCGCGCGAACGGAAUAUCGCAACAGGAUACAGAUCAUGGUUCUAUCGCAAGAGGAGCGUCGAAGUCGCUCAAGGACGCUGUUCUCGGAAUAUCAUGUCCGCCAUCAGCGAACGAAAGCCUUAACCGACUUCCAGUCUCAAAUUGAUCAGUGGAAGGAGGAAAUCAGCAAAGCGGAGUUCGUACGAGGAUUUCGCGACCCAAGCAACCCGAGUCGUACAGGAAGCGCAAAGCUCUCCGUUUGGGACCCGGAAACAAUGGCAUUUCCUGCAGUCCUCCAGACACGGGCAUACCGGUUGAAGGCGAGCAGUGGGUAGAUUAUGUAGUCAGAAACCAAGCAAAGUUUGAAUUGUAUGCGGCACAUUUCUCUUACAGC